UGCGUCUCUGGGUUUAGAAUCUCUGAAAUAAGUAGCUAACACUAAAAGCAAAUAUUUACAUCUGUGAGUUCACUCAAAUAUUUUUGACGAAUUGUAACAGUCAGCCAUAACGUUAGCUGGUUUAGGUAAGGCAUGUUUUUUGACAAAUCAUACACGUUGGGUGGCGUUUUAUAAAAUGGAAGAGUCGUGGGAUUUCGAGUUUUUAUCCCGUAUUGUGGACGGGUUUGUGUCGUUUCUUUCCGAAUUUGUGGAUGACUGGUUGGCUAAUGAUAUGAGAGUGUCAAUAUUCAAGAUCUUGUUUAGCUGGCUUGUUGUCAGUCUCAUUGCCAUCCACUUCGCUUGGAGAGUUUACGGAAACACUGUGAACGAUAUGUAUUACCGACAAGGUACUGGUGGACAGAAUGGAGGCACACCUGACACUGCACCUCACCGCAGUGGAUGGUAGGUGUCCAAGCAUCCAUGUGUCUCCCUCCAGGGAGAGUGCUGCAGGAGACACCAUCAAGACACACCGUGAGUGACAGUCGGGACAUAACAAGUUGGACUACAUUCUACUUGCUCUCUGUCUAAUCAGACAGUAUUGCUGAGUGGACACAGACUUGAUAUGUUGUGCCUUUUCAAAUGGGCUGGAGUUCAUUGAGGUGGGCCUGCAGACGCUUCCUUACUCUACGCUGAAAAAUUAUUUUCCCCGGAUGGUUGUCAUGAAGAGGUAACUGUUAUCAGGCUCAGUUUACAUCCAGACAGCCACACCAUGCGAUAAGCUAAGAUAUUCUCUCAUAUGCCAUAUCUUUUUAAAUCUCAUAUUUUAAAAUGUAGCUCAUGUAAAUUUUUACCGCCUUUGAUUGGUGAGCCAUUAAAAUAUCUAUCCAAGUCUAUGUCCUCUGAUUGGUUGUAGAUUGAACUGAAAUGUUAUUCUAAUCUACCGGUAGACAGAAUCUGAAAAGACUCGACAACUGCUGUGAGUUGUGACUGCUGUUAUGUUCAUAACAUGUUAUUGUAUAAAUAAGGAGCUGUUUUUAUUUCCACUGGAGCAAGGCUACAUAGUAAUCCAUGAAGAGUGCGCUGGAGCAAGACUACUGUGGAGAAAGUGGUCAGAGAUAGAAGCCUUACAUCAAAUGGCAGCUCCCCUCAAACUCUGAUUUCUUUUUCUUGACAGACUCAUAUUAUUAUACUCGUUGUACACCCCUUCUAUGGCUGGAACCUCCAUAUUGAGAAGGAGCAAAUGCAUGAGGCCUCUGACUGUCUUCUGAUUGCUAUAAAAAUAUAAAACA